GGCACGAGCGUGUGCGCGGAGUGCACCACGGGCGAGACCCGGCGCCGCCGCUCGGAGAGCUGCACGGGGUGCCCCGAGGGCAAGUUCGACGCCGGCGAGUUCGACAAUUGCAUCGGGGGGGCCUACCUCACCGAGCCGCUGGAGAUCGGCGCUCAAGAGGUGCCUAUCAGCAAGGACACGGACGAGGCUGGCGUCGUGUUGAUGGUCGGCGACGGGAUCACGAUCUCGUCGCGCAAUCCUGGCUACUUCGAGCGGUUCGUCAUCACAGAGAAGGUCGGCUUCGGCGAUGACGAACGGCGGACGGAACGCCAGGAGGCCUUGCUCAGGAAGAGGGGCCCGUUCUUCGGGCUCGACCACGGCACGAACGGCGUGUUCAGGAAGUACGACGCCAUGAUGUCUGCCUGCACUGGGGUCAACGGCGUCGACCUCAGCACCAGCUACCCGUGCGGGUGCGGGUCUUUCCAGUGCGUCUCGGGCGAGAAGUGUGACCAAGAUUGCGGCGGGAACCUCACGCAGCUGCCCAGCGGGGCGGUCUUCGGGACGGCCGGCUGCUGCGUCGGCCCGCCCGUGUCCCCCCUGCCAACGCCCUCCCCGACGGUGCAGGCCAGGGGCGACCCGCACCUGGUCAACCUGCAGGGCGAGCACUUCGACAUCAACCACGGGGGCGAGUUCGACCUCCUGAGGAUCGGAUCCCGCAGGCCGCGGGCGCGCCGGCGGAGCUCGCGCUGCGGGCCACCGUCCGCCCCGAGCACGGGAGGCCGUGCACCACGUACAUCACGGAGGUGGAGCUCGGCGGCGCGUGGUUGGGGGCCGCGUCGGUGCAGAUGCGCUCGUACCUCAGGUCGCGCUCCAGGGGCGAGGCCGACAGGUUCCUGA